AUUGUCAACCACAUUCCUUAAUCUAUUGCACCAUUUCUUUUGUUUAUUUAUUUUCUUAUUAUCCCAAAUAGAAAAAAUGUAACCUAGCGCGAGCGCACAUAUAUAAUAUAUACAACAAUAUCCAUGAAAAUCCACUUUCACAUUCCAUCAAAAUCAAAACUUGUCAUUUCCUAGUAAGCUACACAAGAGUUGAAGAGAAAGAAGCAAAGUGGAAAUCAAAACUUGAACACAAGAAUCAAAAUCAUGGAAGAGGAAUUCCAAUCGGUAGUUUGUGGAGGAAAUUGGUGGAACUCACCAAGAAAUCUCUUCGCUUCAUCCCCUUGCUCCGUCGCGGUCAACGACUCCGCCUCCGCCUGGCUGAACCCUAAAACCACAAAUUCCAUCAGCGAUGACUCCUCCGCCUCCGACGGCGGCAGCUCCGUCGUCCUCCAAGAAGCUCCCAAACCCCACAACAUGCCGAUUCAUUCAACUUUUCAUACGAUGGCCGACGAAUAUUGGAAUCAAGAUUUGAUCGCAAGAUCACAACAAAAUUAUUCUCACAUGCUUCAACCCAUCAAUAACCAGUUCCAAAAUUCCAUCGAAAACUGCCAACCGCUACCGCCCACCAGUUUUCCACUGAAUACGGCGUCGUAUUCAGCUGAAUACGAUGCCGAUUCUCAGCCUCUGGUGGAAAACUCUUGGUCGCCGCCUCCUAAUUUCUCGUCGCCAAAUUUGAGGCCCUCUUUUCCUAAACAGCAGAUUGCUAACAAUUUUCAGUUCAUCAACAACACUGCUUUCUGGAAUGCCACGGCUGCCUCUUCUGGCGAAGUCCGGGCGAGCUUCCUGCCUUCCUCGAUACCGCAGCUUAUUCCUUCAGCCCUUACCAAACCGAAACGGAAUUAUCAGAGCUUCGCUUCAAAGAAUGCAAGUCGAAAGGCAGCGGAUGCAGACGCUGCGGCGACGAAAGAUGGUAAUGAACCAGCAUUCAAGCGUGUAAGAAUCGAAACUCCAUCGCCAAUGCCAACUUUUAAGGUCCGAAAAGAGAAGCUAGGGGACCGAGUAACUGCGCUCCAGCAAUUGGUUUCACCUUUUGGAAAGACUGAUACUGCGUCAGUUCUCCACGAAGCUAUUGAUUAUAUAAAAUUGCUCCACGAUCAAGUCACUGUACUAAGCACCCCUUAUCUGAAAAAUGGACCGCCACCAUUGCAAUGCCAGCAGGAUCAAGAAGAGACAAUAAAGGACCUAAAGAGUAGGGGCCUUUGCCUCGUGCCGAUUUCAAGCACUUUCCCGGUGGCUACCGAGACCACAGCCGAUUUCUGGACGCCGACAUUCGGGGCAAGCUUCAGGUAGAUGAAGAAAGACAACAAAGAAAAAAAUAAAGAAAGAAAAAAGAGAGGGAAAAAACAAAAUUACAAUAAACAUAGUUGUGAUGAGAUUAAUUAAUUUAAUGGUUUUAGUUGAUUCACGGUCUUGUUGAUGAGGAACAGGAACAAGUGCUAAAUUUAGCUUUAGGUUUGGUUAGUUUUAAUUAGGAGACCUGAUUAUAAGCAUAUAUGUUUAUGCUUUAAUCAGUUUUUUCAGCUGAAUUUAGCAGUUUGUAUGUUGGUAUUGUUCCUGUUUCUAAGUACAAUUCUUUUUAUAUUACGAUAUGGUUCACCGA